AUGCUGUCUGCGCUCUCGGCCCGGGUGGGACACGUGCUUGUCCCCGGGGAUGUGUUCGUGGGCCAGGCGGAGGACAUGCUGUCUCUGUCGGGCCCCACGCGAAAGGAAACGGCGGUGUGUGGACCGGGCCUGCGGAGGGACGGGGCCCGUGUGUGCGUGAGUGUGAGCGGGAUCCUGAAGCACAAGGCCCCCAACGUGUUCUGGAUCCAGGCGCACGGGAAGAGGUACGUCCCAGUUAAAGGAGAGUGUGUGAUCGGCAUUGUGACGCUCAAAUCUGGAGACGUGUUUAAAGUGGACGUGGGCUCCAGUGAGCAGGCCUCGCUGUCCUACCUGUCCUUUGAGGGGGCCACCAAGAGGAACCGGCCCAAUGUGCAGGUUGGAGAUCUGGUCUACGCUCAGCUCCUGGUGGCCAACAAGGACAUGGAGCCGGAGCUGGUCUGCAUCGACGGGGCAGGGCGCGCUAACGGGAUGGGUGUGUUCGGCUCCGGGGGACUCAUGGUCAAAGUGUCUCUGGGACUGGUGCACAGACUCCUGGCCCCCAGCAGUGACCUGAUGUCGGACCUGUCGGCGCUCUACCCGUCAGAGAUGGUGGUGGGGAUGAACGGGCGCGUGUGGGUGAAGUCCUCCAGCCUCCAGCAGACCCUCAUCAUCUGUAACUUGCUGCAGAACUGUGAGCAUCUCAGCCCAGAGCAGAGGAAGGUGCUGUUCAACCGGAUCAGACAGGGGGCGCUGUGA